CGGAAACAAGCCUCUCUGCGGUCAGUGCUCAGCAGCUUUCCAAGAGGCCAGAAGGUUUCUUGAACAAGGCCUGGGAGCCAGGGCUUGCCACCGCUGCUGUCCAGGCUGUUUUACCGCUCCACCAUGGGCCUGGAGCUCUACCUAGACAUGCUGUCCCAGCCCUGUCGUGCCGUCUACAUCUUCGCCAAGAAGAACGGCAUCCCCUUUGAGCUGCAUACCGUGGAGAUUUUCAAAGGGCAGCACCUGUGCAAGGAGUUCUCCCAGGUUAACAGCUUGCAGAAACUGCCCACCCUCAAAGAUGGUGACUUCAUCUUGACGGAAAGUGUGGCCAUCCUGAUUUACCUAAGCUCUAAGUACCAGACAGAGGAACACUGGUAUCCACCCGAGCUGCAGUUCCGCAUCCGCAUCCAUGAGUACCUGGGCUGGCAUGCUGAUUACAUCCGAGGCACCUUUGGUGUGCCCCUGUGGACACAGGUGGUGGCACCACUCAUUGGAGUAAAGGUGCCUGAGGAGAAGGUAGCGCGCAACAGGACCGCCAUGGACCGGACACUGCAGAAGCUGGAGGACAAGUUCCUGGGGUGCAAGGCCUUCCUCAUCAGCCAGAAAGUGACACUGGCUGAUCUCAUGGCAUUUGAGGAGCUAAUGCAGCCCAUGGCUCUUGGCUACAAACUGUUUGAGGAACGGCCAAGACUGGCAGCAUGGCAUAAACGAGUGGAGACUUUCCUGGGUGCUGAACUGUGCCAGGAGGCCCAUGGUCUCCUCUUGAAUAUCAUGGAACAGGUGGCCAACAAAACAUUCCCAGUGCCCCCUCCAGAAUUCUAUCCAAAUAUACUGCUUCGUAUUUCCAAGAUUCCCUGAGGGAAAUGUGAUGGAGGCUGAAGGUUAGGAACCAGGAAAUUAGCAAUAAAGAUUCAUUCUGUUUCUUACUUGCCCCUUUUCAUCUUGCUCAGUCUUGUCUCUUGUCUGGCUCCAGGAGGAAUUCUGCACUACACCUCAGGUGUAGAAGAGCCAAUCAAUAGAAAACUAAAAUUCACCCUAUACAAAGAGCUCCUAAAAUUCAAAAGCAUGAAG